AUGGCAGCCGUACAGAGAGUCAAACGAUGCCCUGGGUGUCACCAUACAAAGUUUAUCCAGGACAUGCUGGCACUGUCCGGAGACCUUUCCUGUGAAAACUGUGGUAUGGUCCAGGAAGAGAACCCCAUCAUUUCAGAAGUCCAGUUUGGUGAGUCUUCGAGUGGUGCUGCUAUGGUGCAGGGUGCCAUGGUUGGCGCCGACCAGGCGAGAGCAAACUUUUCCAUGAGAAACGCUAUGGAGUCUCGUGAACAGACGCUUCUAAGUGCUAAGCUGAAGAUCAAGAAGUUGGGAAGUGCUAUGAAGAUCCCUGAGUAUAUUAUGGAGUCUGCUAGUGGGUGGUUUAAGCUUGCGUUGGUGCAGAACUUCGUCCAGGGUCGUCGGUCCCAGAACGUUAUUGCUGCUUGUUUGUAUGUGGCAUGUCGUCACGAAAAGACCCAUCACUUGUUGAUUGAUUUCUCCUCGAGACUACAAAUAUCUGUGUAUUCGCUUGGUGCUACGUAUUUGAAGCUCGUGCGUGCUUUGCAGAUCCAGAAACUUCCGCUUGCGGACCCUUCGCUAUUUAUUCAACACUUUGCAGAGAGACUAGGGUUUGGUGAUCAAACUGCCAAAGUGUGCAGAGACGCUACGAAAAUUGCGCUGCAAAUGGCUUCAGACUGGAUCUACGAAGGUAGAAGACCUGCUGGUAUUGCAGGCGCUUGUCUUUUGCUUGCAGCCAGAAUGAACAAUUUCAGAAGAUCACAUGGAGAAAUCGUGGCUAUUGCACGUGUGGGUGAAGAGACGAUCCAAAAGAGACUUAAUGAGUUGAAAAAGACCGAUUCCGCUACCUUGACGCUUACAAAGUUCCGUGAAGCCCAGACUAUUGAAUCUUCGCUCCCGCCUUCUUUCAAACAGAACCGUCACAUUGAACUGAAGAUUCUGAAUGUGUUGAGCAAUAGAGCACACAUGCUCAAGCAGUAUAAAAAGCUCGCCAGCAAAAACAAGUUGUUUGACGCUUUGUUUGAGUCUGAGACCACUUCUAGACCAGUGGCUAAGCUGGAAGCAAACUCAGAAGUUGCUAGUCAAAAAUCAGAUACUGAAAACGGUAACGGUACUGUUGAAAAGGAUGCGUCUAAAAAGAAAAAUGAUGACGUGCAAGUAAUAAGUGAUGGUGAUUCCAGUGAUGAAGACGAUAUCUGGGAACUUAUGCCUGCUGAGCCAAACUAUCCUCCAGAAGUCAAAAACGACCGUGCCUACAAACCUACAACCAAGAGACUUUCAGGCCUCGGGUCUGGCUUUGAAGACCGUUCUCUCCGAACUCGUGUAACGAAACCCCACUAUGAAGAGAACUUUGAAAGAGAGUAUGAUGCCACACCAGCAGUCACUGUGAGCCGAAAGAGAAGAUCAACCACUGCAGCUAUUGUCCAGGGAGAUGGUUUGUUGAAGUCUGUUUUGGCAGGUGGAGAUAUUUCAGAAAGAGAAUUUGAAGUUGCUCUAGAUCACAUUUGGAAGAACCAGCAAAAAGCACUCCAACAGGCACUUUACCAGAUUCCCCUGGAAAGCCAAGCCAGAGAACUAUUCGUGCCUGAAGAUGACGAACGUGAGGCAUCUCCAUCUCAAGAAGAUGGUGAAGAAUCUUCAGACCUAAAAGCAGAGAGACUCGAGCAGCAGAUUGAACUCAACAAACCAAGAAACUUGGUGCUGAACUUAGCCACCACUUCUUCCCUUCUAGCGAAAAUUUCCGAUGAUCCCAACUUGGACGACGUGGAAGACGACGAAGUUAUAGAAGAAAUGAUCCUCACGCCAAAGAUGAGCUACGAAAAGGAAAAGAUCUGGACCGCUCUCAACCACGAGUUCUUGAUCGCCCAAGAAAAGAGAAUCUUGAAACAAGCCGCAGAUGAGAUUGCUGGCAACACAUCGGGCCAGCAGCGCAAGAGAAGAAGAAUCAAGGAUACCACCAUGGACCCUGUUUUGAACGAUGCUGCCGUCGCUAAUGCCAUCAGUCUGAUAGGCGAAGACGGUAAGCCAGUUACGCCAGCAGAGAGUGCCAAACAGCUUUUGCAAAGCAAGAACUUCUCCAGAAAGAUCAACUACAGCACCAUUGGAGAUCUUUUCAACAAAUAG